AUGAUGGGAGCGAAUGCUGCACAGGUGAAGAAGAAAGAAUGGAUUAAGGACACGCAAGAAGGACAGGAGGGGAAAAGAGGUACUGCACGGAGCUGUAAGAGCGGGGUUUGGGGUUCUCCUACAUGCUUCACGUUAUUAAAACACACAGCGUCGGAGACUACUUUUAAAGGAUUUCCACCAAAAGGGCAGAGGCAGCUGCAGCUCUGGAUCCGCCAGAGGAAGGCUCCUGCCCGCAGACGGGGCGCUGAGGACCCCCCCGGAGCCGGUGCCCGGGUGUCGCCGCGGGCCCCCGGCGCUCCCCUGCCCCUUCCCUCCCGCAGGUACAUGGGGGCCGUGGGCUCGUCGCGGGUGAUGUGCGACAACGUGCCGGGCCUGGUGAGUAGUCGGGAAUCUGCUUUUGUACAUGCCAUCUCCUCUGCUGGGGUUGUUUUUGCCAUCACCAGGGCAUGUAGCCAAGGGGAGCUGAAAUCCUGCUCCUGCGAUCCCAAGAAGAAAGGCUCUGCCAAGGACAGCAAGGGCCAUUUUGACUGGGGUGGCUGCAGCGAUAACAUCGACUACGGCGUUAAAUUUGCCAGAGCCUUCGUGGAUGCCAAAGAACGGAAAGGAAAAGAUGCAAGAGCGCUGAUGAACCUUCACAACAACAGAGCUGGAAGGAAGGCCGUGAAGCGGUUUUUGAAACAGGAGUGCAAAUGUCACGGUGUGAGUGGAUCAUGCACUCUAAGGACCUGUUGGCUGGCCAUGGCAGACUUUAGGAAAACAGGAGAUUAUCUGUGGAAGAAAUACAAUGGAGCGAUUCAGGUGGUCAUGAAUCAAGAUGGCACGGGUUUCACUGUGGCUAAUAAGAGAUUUAAGAAGCCAACUAAGAAUGACCUGGUAUACUUUGAGAGCUCUCCAGACUACUGUAUCAGGGACAGGGAUGUAGGGUCCCUCGGGACAGCUGGUCGGGUUUGUAACCAAACCUCCCGCGGCAUGGACAGCUGUGAAGUGAUGUGCUGCGGGAGAGGCUACGACACCUCCCGCGUCAGCAGGAUGACAAAAUGCGAGUGCAAAUUCCACUGGUGUUGUGCUGUGCGCUGCCAGGACUGCCUAGAAGUGGUAGAUAUUCACACCUGCAAAGCGCCAAAGAGCGCUGCCUGGAUCUCCCGGACAUGAUGCACAGGCUACUGAUGCUUGAGGACCACAGCCUUUGCCCUUCCUGGUCCAUGCAGGGAAUG